AUGGGCGAGACCGCGGAGAGGGGCGGGGCUUUGAUUCAAUAUGGUGAGAUUAUGCGGGCUUUGUCGGCUCAGAACUCCGCGGGCAUUCAGACCCUCCUCGAUGCUGAGAGAGAAGCUCAGAAGAUUGUGCAGCAAGACCGCACCAAGCGGAUAAGAGACGCCAAGUCCGAGGCCCAGAAGGAGAUCGAGGAGUACCGCAACCAGAAGGAAAAUGAGUACAAGAAGUUUGAGGCCGAGCACUCGAGCGGAUUCAAGACAGCCGAGGCCGAAGCCAACAAGGAAGCCGAGGAGAAGUUGAAGGGUAUCGAGGCUUCUGGCAAGAAGCAGGGUGACAAGGUGGUGGCGGAUCUGAUUAAGGCUACGACCGACGUGAAGCCCCAGGUUCCCGAGAAGAUUGCCAAGGCAUAA